AUGAAGGAUCUUCUGUCUAAGAAGAGGAAGCUGAAGGAAGGUGAGACUGUGGCAUUAAAAGAAGAAUGCAGUGCCCUGAUUCAGAAGAAGCUUCCUCCAAUGUUAAAAGUCCCAGGAAGUUUUAGCAUUCCUAUUGCCAUUGGAGAUGUGGAAGUAGGGAAGGCACUUUGUGAUUUGGGGGCCAGCUUAAAUCUGAUGCCAUUGUCUGUCUAUAGAGCUUUGGGAAUUAACAAGUUGAAGGAUACAAAUGUUAUUCUGUAUCUAGCAGAUAGAUCCAUCAAGAGACCAGAAGGAGUGGUAGAAGAUGUUCUUGUCAAGGUAGAUAAGUUCAUUUUUCCUGUGGACUUUGUGAUACUUGAUAUGGAAGAAGAAGAUACUGAAAGCCCUCUACUUCUAGGGAGGCCAUUCUUAGCAACUGCUAGAUCCCUGAUUGAUGUUGAACAAGGGAAGUUGAUGCUAAGGGUGAAUGAAGAGACAUUUACAAUUGAUGUGUUUGAAGCCAUCAAACAUCCUGUUGAUGUGGAGGAUUGUUUCAGAAUUGAUAUCAUACAGGAGGUUGUGGAAGAAGUGACAGGAGAAGAAGACUUGUCAUUUGAGGAGGACAAAUUCAAGGAAGAGACUAGUGGGGAGUAUUAUCAGGAGGAACCGGUGGUUGAAGAGUUGGAAAAGAAGGUUGAUGACAUUCCUGAGGGAGCACCUAAGGUGGAACUGAAAAACUACCUUCAAAUCUGA